UUCUGCCAUUCCAUUUCCAAAUGGGAGAUCCCGCCGAUAGAGUCCGAGUUUCGCGAGAGUUUCGAUCGAUUCCAAGCUUUGAUCGAGAAAGAAGGGAGAUGUGGAAGCAAGAGCUUGAUGAAGAGCUGGAGAAUUUCAGAAGCAUUCUUGGAAUUAUGCCUCGGAAAAUCAGCAGCAACGAUGGUGUACCUUGGCUGGAAACAGUUCACCUGCCGACCGGCGAUCAGAAGAGGAGGUGGAAGGAGGAGCUUGAGGAAGAGCUUCGUGUGCUGCGGCUAAAUCCGCACGGCAGGAACACCUCUUCGCCGCCGACGACGACGACCACGGGAAGUACGUCAUCCGAGCAACGGAGAAGGUGGAAACAAGAACUUGCGGAAGAGAUGGAGAGGCAAUGACAUGCAGGGAGCUGUUCAUAAGUUCGUUGUAAUUUCAAGUUUGAACCUUUUUCAUGAACUGAAUCGAAAGAUUGAAGUUUUGUUUGUUUAUCCAUUAAGACUAAGCAAGAGGUUUGGUGCCCUCUUCUAUCUAAAUCCACAAAGGCAUUCUGCUGACCAACAAUCAUGGCCAAGUUCUGCCAUUGCAUCAGCAACCGUGUUGGCUUGUCGUAGUGUGUGACAGUUCUAUUUCCCAAAACUUUUGUAGCAUAGUCUGAUAGUCGGCAAUAAUCAUUCCGAGAGAGUGAAACAACUCUUUCUCGGAGAGGAUAAGGUUGAUAGUUGUUGCUGAAUCCAAGUGCACUAACACUUUGCGGUAACUCAAAACCCAUACUUAGGAGAGACCAUCUCUACUUUUUGUUGAGAUUGAUAAUCUUUCAAUUUUGAGUGAUUGUGGUUGGACUCCAAAAAGGGGUUAAUACUUUAUUUUGGCUCGAACUAUGAUCGUAUAAUCAACUUUAACCCGUGGUUUCAGAACAUCAUUGUCUUAACUAUGCAACAUAUAGACUCAAUUUGCCCGACACAUGGUUUGACCGUCAAUUUGGACGGUCAACACCAUUGACCGUUAGUCAACACGCCAUGUCAUUGCCUCGUAAGCCUAAAAAUCAUUAAAAAUUCAAAUUCAAAUUAUUUUUCUAAUUUCUAUUAUUUACCAUUAUCAAAUUAGCCAAAAAUAAAAAUAUGAAAUAAAA